AAGUAGGAAGCUACAAAACUGCCUGGUAAAUAUGUUGGUUUAUCAUUAAAGUGAUAAAGUUCAGAUUGCCUGUUAAAUUCUCCAAGUUUAACUUGAUAAGCAAAGACGGUUUCCUAAUUCUGAUACAAGAUUUUUGUAUAUAGUUCAUAUUAAAUAAUGUGUUGAUGAAUAAACUCGAAACGAAUGGCAGCUUGUCAUUUGUAUGCUACAAGAAACAGAGUAUUUGUGUGUGCCUGGAGGUGGCUGCUCUGUAUCUGGCUGUGGUUGUGAUUUGGCAUGUGAUCUGUUUGCUGGAUUUGAAGCUGCCUGGAUGCAAGGAAGCCUCAGAUGUGUCUGCACAAUUGUUCUCCGUGUUUGUCUGUUCAGCUGAGUCAGUACUGAUAAGAGAGGCUUUCCAAAGCUUCCCCGAGAUGCCCGGACAGGGAGGAAGUUCAAUUAGUGUUUGAUUUCCUCACCCGAAGCGUGCAUGUGGCCAUGAGAAACACUGGUUACCAAGGGCAGGGGUUUAAAGACCAUAUCCACGAAAGUGGAUCAUCAUUUUUUAAAUGAUUUUAGCAAACAUUCCCCUAACGCCCGAGACGGCACGCGACCAGGAACGGCGCAUCCGGCGAGAGAUCGCCAACAGUAACGAACGGCGGCGCAUGCAGAGCAUCAACGCAGGCUUCCAGUCUUUGAAGACGCUCAUCCCUCACAGCGACGGAGAAAAGCUCAGCAAGGCUGCCAUCUUACAGCAGACGGCUGAUUACAUCUUCUCACUGGAGCAGGAGAAGACCAGACUGCUGCAACAAAACACCCAACUCAAACGCUACAUACAGAAGGAGUUCAGCGGCUCCUCCCCGAAGAGGAGGCGUGCGGAAGAAAAAGAUGAGGGCAUUGGCUCUCCAGACAUCCUGGAGGAGGAAAAAGUGGAGGAUCUUCGGCGAGAAAUGAUCGAACUCAGACAGCAGCUGGAUAAAGAACGGUCGGUUCGAAUGAUGCUGGAGGAACAGGAUUGUCUCAAUGUGUGUUUGCAUCAGAUCCGCUCACUGGAUGCCCACUUGUACCCUGAGAAGCUCAAGGUGAUCGCCCAGCAGCUCCAGGAUCAGCAUGUGCAGACGCAAACUCUGCUACGUCUGCAACAACAUGAACAGUUGGAGAAAGAGACGACUCCUGCUCGCAGCCCACUGGUGUUUUCUCCUGCCACGCCUCCUGCUCCCACUCAUCAUGCCACGGUAAUUGUUCCCGCACCUGCGCCGCCUCCCCCUCCACAUCACGUCAACGUGGUAACCAUGGGCCCCACCUCCGUGAUCAACACAGCAUCCACGUCACGACAGAAUUUGGACACCAUUGUGCAGGCAAUCCAGCAUAUCGAAGGCACACAAGAGCGGAUGGUCGUGCCCGAGGAAGAAAAGCGCCGAGCGGUUAUCGUCACCCCGGGUCGUGUCCUCACAGACGCAGCAGACUCCGACACUGCCUCCGACAACGAAGGGACCGAGGACUGUUAACUGCCCCGGACACCCCCCAAACCCCCCGACUGUAACGAGGGGGGGCAAGGACAGGGGGGUGCGAGGGGAAAGGCCUCCUGCAGAAAUCCUUUUAUCUCCGUUCUCUCUAUCUCUCGCUCUCUUCACGCUCGCAUACGGGAAUCCACAAAUGCGGACAGACAAAGUGACUUGAAGGUUUAUUGACAAAAAAAUGUUACAGAAAGUGCUGCACACAGAGGCACGCUCAUGUAUACUCCCACAGUACACUAGCACUCUCCAUACGUUCAGAUAUAACAGGCUCUUAUUCAUUCUCCAAUGACUUUCUUCUGCACGCUCGUGAGUAAACGAUUUCGUGAACGAAAUCUCACAUGGACUGAAAUACUAACAGGCCUUCAUUUAUCUCCUACAUCCUGCGUUCUGAUUGGAGGAACUCAUCCUCACUCUACAAGAUGACGUCAACGCCCCUAAAGUCAAGUCGAACUCUUUAAUCCCCUUUGCCCCGCCCCUCUGGUAUGCCAUAUUCCUCUUUUCAUUCUGGGGAGGCUUGAAGUAUCACUGUGAGCCAAUGAGACUUCAGAAACCUGUUUCACACCACGGCUUCCAAAAACCUUAGAGGAAAUGUUUACUUUUCUUUCGACAUUUUUUUUGGUGCAGUUACGUUUCUACUUCUCCAUCGCCGGUGAUCUGCUGAAGCGUCGGUGGUCGCUCUUGCUAAAAGUUCUCAAUCGAGGGCCGAAGACCGGCACUGCUGGAGGGGCUUUGAGCUAUGUGCACUUUGUAAAUAAUGCAAAGUCUGGCGCACUUAUUGUGGCUCACCUUUACUGGGCUGGGUUCCCAGUACGCACACUGGUGCAGGUGAAGCGCCGCCCCGCCCCGAUUUUUUUUAACGAUUUUUUUCUGUAUUGUUCGUCAGUAAAUUGAAUAAGCUAACCCAUGUAGUUGUACCUGCAAGUGUGCACACGCUUACACGCUUUGAGUCGAGAGCACUACCAGGGUUUUUUUCGCCCGGGUACAGCCUAUGCAGUUCGCACCCUGACUAGGGUGUUUGGUGGCCCUUUUGUCAGAAGUAAGUCUGUCCCCUAAGUAGUGUUAAGCUCUGUUUACAGUGACUAGCCUGUAAUCUUGCGCAUUAGCUCUAUGCACUCGCUGGUGAAUGUUUUUUUUCCCCAUUUCUCAUGACGUUCAUACAUGUACGCCACAGAUAAUCAGUUUUUGUAAGGGGGCGCGCAAGACGUUUUUUAAAUGCGACGUAUACGAAGCCAUGCGAUACCGCGAGCUCUGGCGGGUCGGAGAGCGUGCGCGUGUCUCGGGCCGGUGGCUUGCCUUAACACAGCUUCAGAGGCCUUAAACGAACCCUGAAGGUGGCGCUAGAGAGCAGACGCACAGCUUACAAGAUGGCUCACGUGAAAAAAAACGUUUUUCGAACAUUCCAGAACAUUAUACCGCCGUGUUUGUGUUCACGGCGUGCCGGUGCUUGAACCGGCAAAAUACGUACUUUUGCCAUUUGAAGACGAGAUGGCAAGUCUCUUUUUUGACUGAAAAUUUAGAAGUGUGCAUGCCCCCCUUCCCUUAGGAAAUAUUACAGGGAAUCCUUUUGCUGCUGGACAGAUUUUUAAAUUUUUUCCCUUCUGGAUCUAUCAGGUGCUUUAUCAGGCACGCUUGCUCUGUUCGUGAUGCAGGGAAUCGGGGCUUCCGGAAGAACUGGCUGGUCGUUUUUGUUUUUCGUUGAAGUCACACAUUUCUAUUUGGUUUGCUUGGGUCGUAAAGACUGUCCUGCUUGUGCUGUCUUACGUUAAAACGGUUUUGUCUUUAGGAGAAAAAGAAGUCCCAGAUUUGAACAUUUCCUCUACCGAAGCCACAGGGUGUCUCUCUUUGUGUAUUUUCUACUUUCAGAAAUCACUGUAUGAACUCUAGAGGACAUAUCAAAGAUUGGGUGUGUUGAGGAGAACGGUCGCUCGGGGUCAUGUAUGAACGCGAAGCACUUACUGUAGUAUAAACGGGGAGCGGCUCUUGUUUUCAAAGAGUCUUCUCCUCGACCGAAGCUCUUCUUGCCGUGUUUUGUACCACACGGCCGUGUAACCCUUACAUUGUCCGAGCCCACCACGUCCUCUGGUCGUUUCUAUCUCCAUGCCGUCUCCUGUCUCGCAUCAUCUCUCUCCUUUAUCGUCUGUCAUCUCUUUAUUUUUUUGUUUCUGUUGUUUUGCCUUACGUGAGACAGUUAGUCCAUUUGGUUGUUGAAAAGCUAUUGUAUUUUUUUUUAACUGGGGAAAAGAGGCUUGUGCCUUUUGUAAAAACAGAAUAAUAAAGUUUGUACUUUGUUUUUUACAA